UCCUCUCCUCUCCUCUCCUCCUCUUCCGCGGCGGCCGAAACCCACCCGCCGCCAUGGCCAAGUACAACGUGGUGCAGAAGAGCAAGCGCGAGUCCAGCCAUGACCGCAAGCGCCGCGCCCAUGGGGAUCCAAACUCCGGCAAGCUCAAGCACCACAACGCGCCUAUCGCCAUAUCUGGCAAGCGCAAGCGCAAGCUUCUGCGCCGCCUCAACCGGGAUCAGAAGGAGGCUGCGAUGGUUAAGGCGCUGGAGAACAACAUGGGCGACGUCGAUAUGGUGUCUGCUGAAGCAUCUUCGGAAACUGCGAAGGACAAGUCUCAGAUGAAGUUUAAUGUGAAGAAAAACUCAAGAAUACAGAUCAAAAGAUUGAAAGGCAAAGGUAGAAAGAAAGCCAAAAGUGUGAAGCAGCCAACGAAGGCAAAAGCUGAUGCCAUGGUAGAGUGACUGUUAAGAGUGAAGCAGUAUCGCAAUAUGAACGUUUAUAGGGCACAAGCAAGGGCUAGCAGUACUAGAGCUUGCGCAUUAACUUCCUGCUCCGCGGCCUUAACAUUCAGUCCGGACAAGUCACUGCUGCCUUUUGAGUGGGUGUAUGGAAUUCAGAAAAUCUUUUUUAAGUAGUUGAAUGCAAGGUUUUCAUCCUGGUA